AAGUGGAUAUUCAUUUGUGCAAUGGAAGAGCAACAACUUGAGCACAAAACAUACGCAGGCCGCUAUUACGUUCUUGUAGUUCUCUCCUUGCUAUGUGCCCUUCAGAACAUUGCCUGGAUAACAUUUAGUCCAAUAGUUAAGGAAGCAAAACUCUCCUAUGGUCUGACUGACAUUGAAAUAACGCUCUUGCCGGCAUAUAGCCCCAUGUGCUUUGUGGUACUAAUUGUCCCAUUCACUUGGUUCUUGCAAAAGUUUGGUGUCAAAAUAGUCGGUGUGAGUGCUGCAUGGAUUUUAGCGAUUGGUUGUACUAUUCGUGUCUUCAUUCCGUUUGUCCCUGAGGCUUCCAACUGGAUAUGGGUAAUGCACAUUGGACAUAUACUGAUUGGGUAUGUAGGACUACCAGUAAUGAUACUACCGCCAAUAGUUAGCUCUGCCUGGUUCAGGCCCAAGGAAAGGACACUUACCACAGCUAUAUCUGUAUGUGCACAGGCCUUUGGACAGGCUGUAGGUUUCGUAAUGAUCUCAUUCCUCACUAAACAUUACGGCAUUCGAACAAUGUUAUAUGUAAUGGCUGAAUUGGGUGUAUUCGUUGCUGCUCUUUUUACUAUUUAUUUUCCUUCGAAACCACCAACGCCUCCUUCAGUAUCUGCUGAAAAGGAUCGAACUAGCUUUGCUCUAUCAUUUAAAAAGCUGAUUUGUAAUCCUGGCUACAUUCUGUUGGUCAUUGGAGGUGGAAUUGGUAUGGGAAUUCCUUUGAGCUUCCAGUCAGUACUGUCUAUUAUUCUCAAUAAGAAUAUUGGCGGGUUUAAUGAGAAUGUUGUUAUUGAUUCAUUUCACGGUUUUAUAAGUAGCACGUCAUGGUUAGGAUUCGCUAUGUCCGUACUUUCCGGAAUUUUUGGCCAAAUAGCCGGUUUCUUUGCCGACAGGUUUCAAAAAAGAUUUAAGAUCAUUUUGUGCCUCUUGCUGCUAAUAGCUAGUGGGUUUUUCCUAUGGUUUUCUCUCUCAAUAUAUGGCUAUGGCAGUCAAAACACAAUCAACUUAUUCAUCACAUUCUGCAUGGCUGAUGUUCUUGUAUUCACGGCAAUGCCCAUAUUUUACGAGGCAGUGAUUGAAGCCACUUAUCCUGUAGCUGAAGGUACUAGCAGUGGUUUUCUUACUCUUACCAUAAACAUUGGCACCCUAUUAUUUUCGAUUGUUGGCAUAGCUGGAGUAUUUUCAGAUAAGCAUCCUGAGAGAGCUAAAGCAAUGUCAUGGGUAGCCACUGGAGGAUUGCUAUUUGCACUGGUAUUGGUCUUGUUUUAUCGUGAGGGGUAUAAGAGAUUAGCUGUUGAUGUUUCUGAGAUAACUUCUGAAAGUGAAAACGAUUCAAUACCUUCUUUAUUACCACCUUCAGAAAAAAACAGAGGCCCACUUGUUAUAAAUAAAUGAAUUUUAUUUAUUUUUAUACA